CCAUGGCCUCCUCGUCCGCCUCCGCACCCGAAUCCUUAGCGGGUUCGUACCCGAUACCCGUUUCCCCUCCGUACCCGGAGCUGUCGAGGGAGGUGGAGCUGAAGAGGGCCGGCGACGUGGUGUUCGAGGACACGUGGCUGGCCGUCGUCAACAAGCCCGCUGGGAUCUACUGCGAGGCUCUGCUCUCCUCUCUCGCCUCUCGUGUUGGAUCCAACACCAUCCAAUCCGACCUACACCUCGCUAACAGGCUAGACCGAGACACGAGCGGUCUAAUGGUCGUCACCAAAUCAAACAAAGUCGCAGCAAAACUCGUCAAGGCAUUCACCAACCGCAGGGUCAAGAAAACGUACCUCGCUCUCUGUAUCAGCCGUGCACCAAACUGGGACAAAAUCAGAAUAACCUCAGGCCACGGGAGAUCAAAGUUCGGAGCAUGGCGUGUUUACUCUCUCUCAGAUGUAGGCCGAUCUCUCCCUGGAGGAUCCACAGUUAGAGACAUGACCACUUCAUUCGAAGUUUUAUCAAUAAAUAACAAAGGGAAGUAUAGAGAACCUGCAGAUAUGGACACUGAUGAGUUCGAAUCGAUUGUGGUUGAAGGGAAAGGAGAAGAGCUUGAUAGAGAGGGUGAGGAUGUGAUUUUGGUGAGAGCUUACCCAAAGAGUGGGAGAACGCAUCAGAUACGUUUGCAUUGUCAGUAUCUUGGGAUACCAAUAAGAGGAGAUGUGAAAUAUUGCGGUGUUCGUGAAUGGGAAGGGAUGGCAUGUGAUGGGCAUGCAUUGCACGCUGAGAGUUUAUCGUUUGCGCAUCCGAUAACUGGGGAGUUUGUUCAGUUAUGUGCUCCAGUUCCUCUUUGGGUGGAGGAAUCUUUUGGCGAUGUGAGUUGAGUUUUCAAUCAUAGAAGCAAAAAUUAUGUCGAUUUCUUAAGGGAGAAGAGGAGAUUGUGUUGAAGAUUAUGAUCUUGUUUUACUGUAAUUUUGAGAAAGGAAGAAGAGCAAGCUCCUGAAAGAUUCUUUUUGCUAUUACCGUUUUUUUUAUGGAGGAGGAACAUUGAUUAUUUAUUCAAGCCUUGUUAUUUUUGAA